CGGGAAGCGCAGUGGGAGGGCCGUUCGUGGUGUUGCUUUGCGCGUUCCCGGUUCGAAGACUCCGUGGGCGAAGGACAGUAGAGCAGGUAGCGGCAGACCCUCACUGUCAUGACGGUCAUGUAGAAAUCCGGCGGAGCUUGUGUGUCGUGCUGAGGCCUGACUCUGUUUUCUUACGCCGGAUCGGAUCGGAUGUCAUAAAGCUGGACCAGAAGGUGUCCCUUCAUCGGUGCAGACGUCCCAGGAGAUAAGCAAUGGCCUUCAGCAAAGGGUAUCGCAUUUACCACAAACUGGAUCCACCUCUAUACAGUGUCAUCGUGGAAACCAGGAACCGUGAGGAAUGCCUUCUGUUCGAGUCUGGAGCCGUCGCUGUGCUGUCUGCAGCUGAGAAGGAAGCAAUUAAGAACACAUACACCAAAAUGCUGGAUGCAUAUGGAAUUUUAGGUGUCCUCCGGCUCAAUCUAGGGGACGCCAUGCUCCAUAGCCUGGUUGUGGUGUCAGGUUGUAGUUCUGUGGGGAAGGUCCAGGAUUCUGAGGUCUUCCGAGUAACUGCUACAGAGUUUGUGUCCCUGCGUAAUGAUCCUUCAGAUGAAGACCGGAUCUCAGAUGUGCGCAAGGUCUUGAAUUCAGGGAAUUUCUACUUUGCCUGGUCCUCCACUGGGGUCAGCAUGGACCUAAGUCUAAAUGCCCACCGCAGAAUCAAGGAAGACAUGACAGACAACCGCUUUUUCUGGAAUCAAUCAUUGCAUCUCCACUUGAAGCACUACGGGGUCAGCUGUGAUGACUGGCUGCUGCGACUCAUGUGUGGUGGGGUGGAGAUCCGUACCAUCUAUGCAGGCCACAAGCAGGCCAAGGCCUGUGUCAUUUCCCGGCUCAGCUCUGAGAGGGCUGGCACCCGCUUUAAUGUGCGUGGCACCAAUGAUGAUGGUCAGGUGGCCAACUUUGUGGAGACUGAGCAGGUCAUUUUCCUGGAUGACAAGGUGUCUUCCUUUAUUCAAAUCCGUGGCUCUAUACCUCUAUUCUGGGAGCAGCCUGGAAUUCAGGUUGGAUCACACCGUGUCAAGCUGUCUAGAGGGUUUGAGGCUAAUGCACCAGCUUUUGAAAGGCACUUCAGUGCUCUGCGGAGGCUCUAUGGCAAGCAGUUGAUCAUUAACCUGCUGGGAAUGAAGGAGGGUGAGCACAUGCUGAGCAAGGCCUUCCAGAGUCACCUGAAGGCCUCUGAGCAUGCCAUGGGAGUGAAGAUGAUCAACUUCGACUACCACCAGAUGGUGAAGGGGGGCAAGGCAGACAAGCUGAGCAGCGUGCUGAAGCCUCAGGUCAGCAAGUUCCUGGAGGAAUGCGGCUACUUCUACUACUCUCCAGAAGGAGGUGUUCAGAGGUCCCAGAGUGGUACCAUCCGGUCUAACUGUCUGGAUUGUCUGGACAGAACCAACAGCGUACAAGCCUUCUUUGCUCUUGAGAUGUUGCCCAAGCAGCUGGAGGACAUGGGCCUGACGGAGAAACCUCAGCUGGUAGCCCGCUUCCAAGAGGUCUUCCGCUCCAUGUGGUCAGUCAACGGAGAUUCCAUUAGCAAGAUCUAUGCUGGCACUGGGGCCCUGGAUGGAAAGGCCAAGGGUGGAAAGCUGAAAGAUGGUGCCCGCUCAGUUACCAGGACCAUCCAGAACAACUUCUUUGACAGCUCCAAGCAGGAGGCCAUAGACAUCUUGCGCCUGGGCAGCACACUAAACAGUGACCUAGCUGACAAGGCCCGUGCUCUUCUGACCACAAGCAGCCUGUAUGUUUCAGAACCUAUUUUGCAGUCAGCAUCUCCCAGGGUGCUCCUGGGCAUGUGCCAGAAUUAUCACAAGUACACCCGGCCAAAACAGAUCAGGGUGUGUGUGGGCACCUGGAAUGUUAACGGUGGGAAGCAAUUCCGUAGCAUUGCCUUUCGCAACCAGACCCUUAACGACUGGCUGUUGGAUGCCCCAAAGAAGGCCGGUUAUUCUGAGUUCCAGGACAGCAAAGUCAAUCCUGUGGACGUCUUUGCUAUUGGAUUUGAAGAAAUGGUGGAACUGAAUGCCGGGAACAUUGUCAGUGCAAGUACAACCAAUCAGAAGCUAUGGGCUGCUGAGCUGCAAAAGAACAUCUCCAGGGACCACAAGUACGUUUUGUUAGCCUCAGAGCAGCUGGUGGGCGUGUGCCUCUUCGUCUUCAUCCGGCCACAUCAUGCCCCCUUCAUUCGGGAUGUUGCUGUAGAUACUGUUAAAACAGGCAUGGGCGGAGCCACGGGGAACAAAGGGGGUGUGGCCAUCCGCAUGCUGUUCCACACCACCAGCAUCUGCUUUGUCUGCUCACACUUUGCUGCUGGGCAGUCUCAGGUCAAGGAGCGAAACGAUGACUAUAAUGAGAUCACCCGCAAGCUCAGCUUCCCCAUGGGUCGGUUGCUCUACUCCCAUGACUAUGUGUUCUGGUGUGGGGACUUCAACUAUCGCAUCAACCUUCCAAAUGAGGAGGUGAAGGAGCUUAUCCGCCAGCAGAACUGGGAUGCCCUGACGGCAGCAGACCAGCUGCUGGAGCAGAAGAAUGCAGGGCAUGUCUUUCAUGGCUUCAUUGAGGGCCAGAUAGAUUUCCCACCCACUUAUAAAUAUGACCUAUUCUCGGAUGAUUAUGAUACCAGCGAGAAGUGUCGCACACCAGCUUGGACAGACCGCAUCCUGUGGAAGAGGAGGAAAUGGAACUUUGACAAGACAGCAGAAGAAAUGAACUUGGUGUGUGCAGCUGAAGAUGACGAUGACAAGUCACAGUAUACCUGGACCACUGGUAUUCUUAAAUACUAUGGAAGGGCAGAGUUAAAGACCUCUGAUCAUAGGCCUGUGGUAGCCAUCAUAGAUGUGGAUGUGCUGGAGGUAGAUCCGGAGGCACGCCACCAGGUGUACAAGGAGGUCAUUGCCUUGCAGGGGCCACCAGAUGGCACUGUGCUGGUAUCGCUGUGCAGCUCUGGCCCUGAUGACUAUUUUGAUGAUGCCCUGAUCGACGAGCUGCUUAAGAAAUUUGCGGCCUUUGGCGAAGUCAUUCUCAUUAGGUUUGUGGAGGAGAAAAUGUGGGUGACAUUUUUGGAAGGCUACUCUGCUCUGGCUGCCCUUUCACUGAGUGCCUCCACGGUUCUCGGGAAAACCAUUGACAUCCGGCUGAAGAGCCCUGGCUGGAUCAAGAGCCUAGAAGAGGAGAUGAGCGUGGAGAGGGUCUGUGGCAGCAUACCUAUGUCUGCCAGCUCCAGCCUGUUGGCUGAGGAUGCCGACACGGGUGCUGACUAUGACAUGGAAGGCGAUGUGGAUGACUACAGCGCAGAGGUAGAAGAGAUCCUUCCCCAGCACCUACAGCCUGGUGCAGGUUCAGGACUCGGCACCUCGCCCUCCUCUUCACCCCGGAGCAGCCCCUGCCCCUCACCCACGCACGGCGAACCCGCCCCCCCUGUCCGGCCCAGCCGAGCUCCUGCACGCACUGCUGGCCCACCACCAGGAGGCUUAAGUCCAGCAACGUGUAGGAGGGAACUUGCAGGCUCUCCUGUGGACUUCCAACCUGCUACUGCCCCCUCUUCUCAAGGUCUGGAGCCAAAAAGACCCCCACCCCCUCGGCCCAAUGCCCCUCCAGCCCGGCCAGCACCCCCACAGCGACCACCACCUCCUUCAGGAGGCAGAAGCCCCACACCAGCUAGAAAAGACUUGGGAGGACAAAAAAGCCCCGGAUUACCUAGACAGGACUUUGCAGGUCGAGGCCAGGCAGCUGCUGGCACAGUAUCAGGAGGGACGCCAAGACCGACCAUUCCCCCUCGAGCAGGGGUCAUCAGCAUCACUCCGCAAGCCAGGCCCCCACCUCCAGCUCAUCCUGGAGCCCCUAGGCCCAUCCCUGAGGUCCAUCCUGGGGCACCUAGGCCCAUGUCUGAGACUCACCCUGGAGCCCCAAGACCCAUUCCUGAGCCCCAGAGUAAACCAGCAGAGCUGCCGUUGGGGCCACCAACCAUGAGACCACAAAUGUCGUCCCCUUUGCAGCCACAGAUGGUGUCUCCUGUGCGGCCGCAGAUGGCUACUCCUCUACAGCCACAAAUGGCACCUCCCAUGCAGCCACAGUUGGCCACUCCUUUGCAGCCGCAAAUGGCACCUCCCAUACAGCCACAGUUGGCCGCGCCCCUGCAACCGCAACCUGCACAGGCUUCCCAGGGUGCAGUCUCUCAGCCUUCUACAAGCCUGGGCUCUCCGAAGCCACCACCUCGGAGUCGCUCCUCCCAUGCCCUGCCUGCUGAGCCCACCCCCACCUCACAGGUCAAUGGGACAAAUGGAAUCCAAAAAGAAGCACAAUGGAAAACAGACCCUUUUGACAUGUUCACCUCCGAUCGGCUCUUCUCCUCUUCUACUUCCUGGACUGGCACCCAAUCCCUGACGCGAUGCUCCUCCCUUCGCUCUACUCCCACCCCAUCCUUUGGGGCUCUGCCCACUUCAUUGUCCUGCCAGCAAGGCUUCGCCAGUGGUAUUGAUUUUUCAUUCCCUGCCCAGUUGCUACCCCCAGCUCCCUCUCGCAGCCGGUCCCAGGAGACACUGCGCACCUCGCCUAACCCAUUUCUGUCUGAUAACCAACCCAGCAGCACCAACCCCUUCACAGGCAGGCUGGCACUCACCCAGCGCCGUUCCCUCACACCAGACUUUCAUGCACAGCAGCAGGCCAUGGCAUCCAAGCCCCACCUCCAGCGCACCAUGUCCGCAUUUGCUCCAGGUGCCUCAGUAGCCACACCACCUACUAUUCCGUCACCAGCUCCUGGCAAGCGCAUUCAGCAAUGGGUCACAUUUGAUGAGGACUCUGACUUCCCUCCAGGAGGAAGGACUCCAGCAGCAGCGAUGAUGGCACAGUCCCUCUUGCCUGGUACUGCUCAACUUUCCACUCCUGUUAACCAACAGACCGUAUUCCCCAGCUCCAGUUUCCACUCCACCAGCACAUUGGGAGGCGCUUCAUCUUCUGUGUUUCCAGUAUUCCCUCCUCCCAUUCCUGCACGGACUAACCCCGGCAACCCUCUGAUCCCUACAAGACCGGCAAGUAACUUUCCGGUCUGUAAAGAGUUCACAGAAAGAUAGGAUUAUGAAAUCAAAUGGUAUAGAAAUUAUAUGUUUUAGACAUUUACAGGAAAAAUGUGUGCUGGUGUAAAUGUGUGUAUGGUUUUAAUGAAACUGUACUGUGUAGAAGAAAUGUUAACCCCUUGAAAUUAGAUGUAACAGUCACAGCAUUUGAGUCACAGCAAAUAUGAUAUACAUAACAUCUGGCCUUUUGUUAAACAGCUUUUGCUGUUGGACAUGUGUAGUUGAUGUAUACGUGUUUUUCCGUGAGUUCUCAUGUUCCAUUCAUUCUGAUAGGAGACAUGCCUGUGUUUCUGUAUACGCACAACCAUGUCCUUUUUGUGGCCACACUGGUGAACCCUGCAGCUGAUGAAUAUUUCUUGAGACUGUACAUAAUACAUAUUUUCAGUGUCUAAAUUUGGAUUCUCUUUGAAGCAGUACCGUGCACAGAUGGAACCACAACACAACAGUAAAAGAAUUUAGAGAAGUGGAACAGACUGUAGUUGUUAAAUUGCUUUUUCUACUUAAAGGUCUUGUGCGCUGGAGAAAUUUUGAUCUUGUGGUUUUCUUUGUUUAUAAGUAACCACUAGGGGGUCACUAGACUCAGCAGUCAUCUAAAAUAUCUGUGACCAUUGAUUUGCUGCAGUAUUAAACUCUCACUGAUGCCUCACUAGAUUGUUCGACCAUAUCACUCUUGUCAUUGUUUUAUUAUUUUUAAGUAGCUUUUCCUUUUAAAGCAUGGUAACUACAUUGUCGUCACCUGUGCACCAUGUAACAUAACAUGUUAGGUGGUGGCCAUCUUUUUCUGCCAUCCAUUGAAUCUAAUGGCCAGUCACCUCUGACUUCGUCUCGCUUAGUUCCUUCUCUGACUCUCUUUCCUACCUUCAUAAGAAAUCUGGGGAAUUAUGUAUAGUCCAUAUACAUCGUUUAUGUAUAUUGUCAAAGAAUGUGUAAACUGGAAUAUUAUUCUGCAGUGAACAUGAAUAAAAGAAAUAUAUACAUGCCUAUAUAUAAAAUAUAUAUUUACACAGAUGUUACAUGUUUACAAUAUAUUAUAUAGACCCUGACCUUUUGCACUGAGUGCUGUUCACGCUUACAGUACAGGCCAGAGUCAAAAAUUGUCUAGCGAAUAAAAAGAUAGCUGGAGAUCUUUUAAAGGGUAUGUGGCUCUGCUUUCCAGCACACUGUGCAGUUUUUGGGGCUUUUUCUUUGUUUUCAUUACUAUAGAGCUUUAUUUGAUCCAAAGCUGACAUUAUUACAGCUUUAUAUUAAAUGAAUGUGGUCUGCUUAUUUGUGUUCAUGGAGAAUGAUUGCCAGAUUUGGUAAGCAAAGAGUGGUUGCUGUGCUGUUGAAAAUUAAUUUUACGGGUGUUCUCUCUCAAUCCUAUACAUGUACAUGUGACUUCAACUUUUUGGUAGCAGUUGGUGAAAUUUCAUUAAAAAAUGGUACAUUUUCUUUGAGAGACAUUGUUCUUACUGGUAAUCAUUUAUUGUACAUUUAGUCCUGCACUAGGGGUUUCUUGAUAUUUUUUUUUCCCCCUCCUUGUGGGGAAUAGAAAAGGUUGGUUAUCAUUUUCCAGUUAUAGUGAUUGGCACCUUUUAAUGUGAGCCACUGGAUUUAAGGGAAUUACAUGGCAUGAGCCUUACCACCAUGAAUAAUGGUGACAGCUGACAGCAGCAGUGAAACCUAAUGUUUGAGCUGUUCAUUUGUUAGCUGUCUCUGUUGUUUAAAUUUAUUUUGUCAAGAACAUUUCCAGAUUGCAUGUAAAAUUUUUGCAGUGUUUUUUUUUUUUUUGGUUUCUAUGUGUGGUGGUUAGAAAAUUGUCCCAGCAAUUGAAGAAGUACUGUUAUCCUCCCAAGCUCUGACUUUUUCUUUCCUUUCUUGAAAAGUCUGUACUCCUGUUACAAAUUGUAUGUAGAGUACAAAUAUAGAAGUUAUCCCAGUAAUGUACUUUUUCUGUUUGUUUCCUUUCAUACAGAAAUAGUUUUGUUCAUAUUAUAGUCACUUCAGGUAGUAAAUAGAAUGUGGUAAUGUGAGCUUUCGGGAGAAAACCUUUUAAAAGGCAGUGAUUUUUUUUUCUUCUUUCUUUUCAUGAUCUGUUGAGAAUCCUUGCUGAAUUUCAUCAGACAGUUUUGCACCUAGACUGGCACUCUAGAGCUUCUUGGUGUGUUAUGAAAAGGGAUCAGGGUCUUUAAAAUCAGCCAAGCAGUUCUGUUAUUGUUCAUAGUUCACUUGUAUGCGUAAGUGUAACCAUUGCAGUUCAAAACUUGGAUUAAGGCAUCACUAUAUUCUAUACUAUUCGGGGUCCGAAUAUUGUCGGGUGGUGGGCGAACACUCUUCUUCUGCUUAGAUUAUUUGGUUAGGGCAUUUAACCACUAUGUCCAAUACGUCUACGCUGUUAAAACCUGUGCCGUGGGUAGCACAAGCAUUACUUCUGGCAAGUGCUUCAGUGUUGUCUCUUCUGUGAUGUAUGAGUUUUUAUAGCAGAAAAAAAAACUUGUGUGUGAUUGGUGUCUCUUUGCUGCUGUAACCUGGUAGGAAAUAGAAGUUGUUUAUCAUGUUCUGUAUGUAUUUAACAAAACGGAAUACUGCAAUUCUAUUCAAAAGCCCAUGAUUCAGUGCACAGAUUUGCACAUUUGUGGAGAAAGCAAUUGAUGUUGUAUGUAUGCAAUAAAUAUUAUUCCAACGGUGAA